AUGGCAGAGAAGCAUGUUACCAUCACGAAAUUAUUCGAGACCUUCACGGUCGAGCAGAUUGCAAAUAUUCUAGCCCUGUCACUCCUCUUUCAGUAUUUGAUUCGCCUUGAGCAACUCGUUGAUGGCAUGACUACAGCUCAACAAUGGUGCAAGGAAACCUUGUUCGACGAGAGUCAGGCACAACAUGUUUUAGACCUCGAAAACAGCAAGAAGGACAAGGUUGAUCAUUCUUGA